UGCAUGGUAACAGGCGCGAGGGAUUCCCUCGUCCGUCGCCUCUCUGUCUUCCCGUUCAAACAAAAAUCUUUUUUUUUUUUUUUUUUUUAAACUUUAGCUUACAAAAAAAAUCACCCUGUCUCGCUGCUUCUACCCGGCGCGCCCGUCGGCGGCAGCAUGUCUCGGAACCUGGUAUAACGCGGAGUAGAAACUUUAAAACCGGGGAUAUUCAACCAAAAACCCAGCGCACGAGCAGCCGAGAGGACACCGCAUCCAGAUUCUCACUGAUGAGGCAGCCUCCAAAUGACGUCGAGAUGGCUUUAGGGGGAACGCUUCUGCCAUCAAUAUCCACGUUUGCCAGCGGCCCCACUGUCAAGAGUAAAUCCAUAGGAAGUGCCAAUUUAAGAUGGAAGGAGGAGUUGUCCCACCUUAAGAGACCCAGUGUGCCAACCGGAAGCAACUGCCCUGACCCAGACCAUCCCACUGCCACCAGCACAACAAGCCCCAGCAUGUCCAAGAAAGACACAGAGCCCGACCUGGACUUAGACUACGACUUUAUCCUGUCUAACUCCAUUCUUCAGCAGCAACAGCAGCAGCAGCAACAACAGCAGCAGCAACAGCAGGAGGAGGCCAUGGCAUGCACCUCUGGCCAGGCCUUGUCUCCUUCUCCGGGCUCUUUCUCCACAUCUUACCCUCUCCCUUCCCCUCAGGGCACUGCCAGUGAGCUGCUCUAUACCAUUCCAGAUAUCAGUGACGUUUCGCCCUCUGGAGGCUUUGUGGCAGAGCUCAUGAGACCCGAGUUAGACCCAGCAUACCUCCACCCCACCAGCCUCCAUGGCAAGUUCGUGGUCAAGACAACAAUGGACAUGGGAGAAUAUAGCCAAGGAGUGAACGUAAGCAAGGCCUGCGUUAAUGCUGUGUCAGACCCAACUCCUUCGCGUGCCUCACCGUCCUUUACAUGCCACAGGAUAAAGCAGGAGAACCCCAGUAACUGCACCAUCUCACAGGCCAUGGACCCACACCUAACUGGGGUAAACUCCCAGGGCCGGGGGAGUCAGCAGCAGCGCCCCGGCCACUUGGAUCUACAUGGGUUCCCUGGCGGAGGGCGGUCCAUGACAGGCAGCAGGUUAUCCUCAUCCUCUUCCCUCUCCCCAGACCAUCCAUUGAGCCGGGAGCACCAGGUGCUGGGGCAUCCCCACUCUCAGAUCCCUCUACCUCCCCAGGGAUACCACCAUAGCUCCCCGCAGGGCUACACCACCUAUCCUCAGCCAUCCUCCUUGCAGUACCAAGAUCCUCUCAUGAUCUCCAGUGGGGACUGCUUGCCGGAGGAACCAAAGCCUAAACGUGGUAGGCGCUCCUGGCCGAGAAAGAGAGUUGCCACACACACGUGUGACUACGUUGGCUGUGGGAAAACUUACACAAAGAGCUCCCAUCUCAAAGCGCAUCACCGCACACACACAGGGGAGAAGCCUUACCACUGCGACUGGGACGGCUGUGGUUGGAAGUUUGCACGUUCAGACGAGCUCACACGCCACUACAGGAAACACACAGGCCACCGGCCAUUUCAGUGUCAGAAAUGCGACCGGGCCUUCUCAAGGUCAGACCACCUUGCUCUCCAUAUGAAGAGACACUUAUGAGACUUGGUUGGAGGACCAGACUGGAGGGAGGUGGAUGAAGGCUUCUGAAAAAAAAGAAAAUAUGUUAGCACAACCCUGAACAAACUUGUGACCUACACUUUUUAAAACCAUAAUUUGCCUUCAAGCCGUUGUCAAGCAACAAGACAAGCUGUGGUGUUCACGGCAAAAAGAGCAUUUCUCCCUCAAGAGCCCUAGAAUUUCUCUCAAAACUUCUUUGCACAUCGUGCUGGUGACUCGACAAGACCUCUCAGUCAGGGUUGUAAACUAUUAUGAAAGGGACCAAACUGGAAUUUGUCUUAUUUAACUGACAAAACUUGGAGGACCAGGUGCCAACAACUUUAAACUGGAAAUGUAUUUUUGUCAGGGAAGCCAGGAGCAACAGACAAACAUCUCCAGAGGCCUUCUACCAGCAACAUGCCAUUAUAGGCUCUGUUAACAACUACACACUGUUCAAAAUACUGUAUUAAUAAAUACAUAUAUAUUUAUAUACACAUUUCACCUGUAAUGCCAUUAAUUUCAGGUACAAUGUUAAUUUAUACAGAAUGGUGCUCAGUGACUCUGAAGAAGGUUUUUUUUUUUAAAGAAAAGGUACCAAAGAUUAAGGAAAAUAUACAAAUGGGUGAAAACUAUGAAAAAGUGCCAUAUGGUUGUUUGUGUGUUUCUUGGAAACCUCUUCCACAAUCUGACGUAAAUCAGGUGAACACUUCACUUUUUAAAUGGUGAUGGCAAUCUUCAAUGCACUGCAGUUGCAAAGUGCAAUAAUUUAUAUGAGACAUUCAUAUUUUUGUAUUGAAUGAGUAACUCUGAACAAAGAUUUUUUUGUUUAUAGCAUAAAUGUGUAAUAUAAUCUUGAAUUUUGUACAUUUGUAAAUAAAAUUUCUUUGUUAUUGUUUUGUAUUUUACAGUAUAAUAAAAUAGAAUGUAUUUG